AUGUUCUUCAAGUUUGUCGGAACCACGUGGCUCCUGGCUGCCGUACUGCCGCUUCAAGCCAUCGCGCAGCCGAACGAAGGCACAGGUAGUGGUCUCGGGUGUACUCGCACACUGAUCAAUGGCUUUACAAAUCCCUCGUUUGAGCUGGGCGAUUUGACGGGUUGGACGACACAAUCUGCCAGGGGGGUCUCGUUGAAUGGCCAAGUUGUGGAGGGAGAUGCGCAAGAUGGCAGUCAUUUGUAUGAGGUUGUGCCAACGAGCAUCUGGUCAUACACCAUGCAACCUGUCACCGGGUUGGACACCGCCGCCACCUACACACUAUCCGUCUCCUAUAAGCUCGUAUUCAAUCAACCCCCGACAGCCGCCGGGACAAAAAGCUGCUUUAUCAAUUGGGCCGUGGAUAGAUGGGAUGCGAUGGUUGUGCGUCAGUGGGCGAUCGUCACGCCGUCGGCGUACGGCUCUGAUCCCGAGUGGGCAACCUUCACCCUAUCGUUUAAACCCACGGCUGCAGCACAUUCCAUCUACUUUGACUUUGCCUGUUUAGUCCCUUAUGUGACUAUGAGCUUGGACAACUUUCUGCUGCCAUUGGGGGAAACAAACUCCUGUCCAACACCGACUCCUGUUCCCACACCGACCCCGAUCCCGACCCCGAUUCCUUUGACUUUGGCAUCGAGUCCCAUAUCUUCUCCCGCGGAUGUGUCCUCGUCUGCUGUGCUAUCCGGGAGUUCGUUCGCCUCCAGCCAUGGGGUGAUUCCUAGUAGCCCUGCGAUAUCCAGCACCGCGGCGAUAUCCAGCACCGCGGCGAUAUCCAGCAGCUCAGCCGUGGCCAGCAGCUCAACUGUCGCGCACUCUCAUUCUUCCGGCUCCAAUACGGCCUCAUCCUCGGUGGUCGUUAGUGUCCCAUCAUCCACCCCGAGCUCAGCAAGACCGAGCAGCUCUGUAAUUGUGAUCAGCUCACCUAGCGCUCUACCUUCUUCAUUCGUGACCAAAUCUUCAACCAUUGGAACACCGGAUGCGGCUGGACACUUGUCAACCCCGGCUCUGUCUUCAUUCCAUUCUUCCACUGUUCUCGUCCCCCUGCCUUCUCUGCGGCCAUCGUCAUCAUUCGUGGUCAAUCCUGGAAGCCCGACUUCGCUUCUCCCACUGGUCACGUCGACUGUUCUGUCCACGCGCGUCUCUACAGUCACUUCAUGCCCAACCGCCCAGCCGGAUUGUCCGGCCCGAUCACGUACAACCUCUGUUACGACCGAGACCGUUGUUGCAUAUACCACGAUCUGCCCCGCCAAGUCUACUCGGACCGAUCAGCCUCAACCCACGGUAUCGACUUCUAGCAUCUUCUCCACCCGGACUGCGACGGUCACACUCUGCCCAGGCCAUGCAAAGUACUGUCCGCUCCCGCAAAGAAAGACCACCGUGACUACGGAAACUAUCUUGGCCUCCAUCACAGUCGUACCCAUCGAGCCGACGCAUACCGUCACCACCACCAUUUACGUGACAGAAGCACGACCAGAGGUUCCCACCCACACCGCCACUGUAUAUGUCACCGAGACGCAGACAGCGCUCAUCACUUUCUGUCCCCAGCCUUGA